CAUAAUUAAUUCACUUCUCUCUCUAGUUAAUAUCGGCUUCUCCGAUCUCUCCGAUAAAUGGAAGAUAAACCAAAACCCAUCACUAUCAGAGGAGGACGCGACGAUGGUGAAUUCGUACACACCUCUUCGUUUCACCAUUUUCAUCUCCUUCUCCCUCGCAGCUGCUUCUUCCUUCAAGCUCUCCGCUUCCCAUUCUCCGUCGUCGCUUCCGAAAGCCACCGCCGACGAUCUUCUCUCUGUUCUAGGACCACCCUCCGCCGCAUCGACCCUUAAUCCUAUCGUCUCUCGAGAAAUCCGUUCUUGUCUCAAAUUCCUCGUCCCUUUCAAACCGGAUAAAUCUGGACCCGAAUCGGGACGAUGCUCGCUCCGCACUGGACUCUGCUCGGGGAAAAUUGACGCCGUUGAGAGGCGGAGCAAGUUCGAAGAUGAUAAUUCUCUCGUCUGGUGGCCACCGGAGCCGAUUCUCGAGCUUGCUCGUCUCGCUGUUGACUCCGGCGGCGAUCCCGGCGCAAUUCAGCGAACCCUCGAUCCCGAAAUGAUCCCGGUUCCUGGUGUCCAAGGAUCAAAAUGUCAGCUCACAAGAACUCCGUAUGGCCGUCACUUCAUAGCAGAGGAAGUGAACUCAUAUAUCGAGUUCUUGUUUCGUCUAAUUGAAUCUAGGGGACCGAGUAUCGGAUUCAAUGUUUCCUUGACUCGAUAUGAUUUGUUCCAUGGCCACUUAUUCCUCGCUUCAGAAUCUGGACGCCUUGGAAUAUUGUUUCAUGCUAAAGAGUAUCCAGCCUAUGACAAGAAAGUGUUUCCUUACAACAUGGGAUAUUGCCAGAGAGGAUCUGAUGUGAAGUAUGACGAUUCAAUGAACUUGAGAAAUAUCCUCUGGCUUGCACCAUUACCCAGCAAAUCUACUCCAGGUUGGCUUGCUCCAGGAGUACUUGUGGUGCUUGAUGCGCAUCCAGAUGGAAUCAUAUACCGAGAUCUCAUCCCUAACUAUGUUAAGUUUGUAAGAACUAUCUACGAAGAUGAUUUGGGAACUACUGCGGUUGAUGUCAAUUACUUGAAUGUCGGAGCUCAAGAACCUGAUUAUCAGCUUUUCAUUUGCUGAAACCAUUUACACACAUUCAUCAUAAUUCUACAGACUACAGUUGUAUAUGAUUGAGAUUAUAUAUGCUCAAGAUUUAGUUAGUGGAGAUGCUCGAGGUUCAUGACUUUUGGAGUAAAAUGCUAAUUAGACUGGUGCGGAGUAUCAUUGGCCGCAAAAUAGCUCUAACAAUCUCUCAGGUGUCUGUAUCAAGUGAAAUGCAUGAGGGUUUAAGCUUAAGUGGAAAGGUUUAUGAUUAGAUUUUACAUAUCGCUUGGUUUUGAUCCACAUAUUUU